AUGAGUAAUGUUCGAGCUCUCAAGAAGACACAAGUUUCAGAUAGUUCAAGGACGAAGAAGAGUUCUAAGACAUCUUCCUCGUCGCGCUCAAGCUGCGAACGAAUGUGGAAGGACGGGCUUAAGAAGAAAAAAGGGUUCAACUACAUUAUAGUAACCAUCCAUUUUGUGAAAGGAGUGCGGUUCGGUCUUGGUAUCAAGCAUUUCAACGAUCAAGUCAUUGUCAGUAAGUCUGAAAAAGGUUCAAUGUGUGGAUCUCAACUGAAAGUGUUGGAUCACAUUGUUGAAGUGAAUGGAGUUCCAGUAAUAGAUAAGGAUGUGUGUAGAGAAAUGCUUAUCAAAUCAAUGCAGGUGCGUCCCGAUUUUGGAUUCAGAACUUCUCUGUUUAUCAAACAUAGGGUAGCAGUAGAUAGAAUCUUGGCUGCCAUAGCUGGCAAAGGCAGUAAGGAAAUUAAACACAAUGAAAUCUGA